CGGAGGGGUUCCCACUGGAAUGGCUCGAGACCAAAUUCAAUACUCCAGGCACAGAGCUAUUGUCACGGGGAGGUACAAUAGUCCUCACUGACGGGUACGUAUGUCCAUCUGGAAAGUCGUCAACAACGGGUGGCUGACCGCUGCAGGCCGAAAUUGAGUUCCCGUCCGCAUGGCCCAUGGCCCAUGCCGUCGCCAUCACUAUCACAGGCACGUGUAGAUCGUGCGCAUGCAGAUCACCAGGCUAAGCAGAAAUUUGGACUCACUUCGCCAUAAAUCUCGUUCGAAUCAGCAGAAACGUCCGCCCUACAGGUCCGCCGCGCCGAGAGAAGCAGACAAGACAAGACAAGACACAUUCACAAUGAAGCUCUCAAUACUCGCCCUCGCCGGCCUCGCCUCGGCAAACAUCCACAUCGGUGCCCACCUCAACCUACACGGUCUCCACGACCUGCUCGACCCGAGUAACUGGAAAUCCGCCGAGUCGGGAGACGCCCGCAGCCCGUGCCCCAUGCUCAACACCCUCGCAAACCACAACUACAUCCCCCGCGACGGCCGCAACAUCACACGUCCGAUUCUCGUCAAUGCCCUCACCAAAGUCCUCAAUUUCAACCCCGAGCUCGCCAGCGGGCAGUUCGAUAAUGGGCUCCUUGGGAAUCCAGAGCCGAAUGCGGAUUACUUUGAUCUCGACAUGCUAAACCAACACAACACACUCGAACACGACGCCAGCCUCACCCGCCAAGACGCCUACUUCGGCGACGCCAACACCUUCAACCGCGCCGUCUACGACCAGUCGCGCUCCUACUGGACAGAGGACACCCUGACCGCCGCCAUGCUCUCCAACAGCAAGGUCGCCCGCAUGCUCGACUCCAAGGCGAAGAAUCCGACGUACACCUUUACCGCGCAGCAGGACCAGAUUAACCUCGGAGAGGUUGGUGGGCUUAUCGCGGUGCUUGGGAGUAUCGAGGAGGGGACUGUGAGGAGGGAUUUUGUGGAGUAUUUCUUUGAGAACGAACGCCUCCCCACACCCCUCGGCUGGAAGAUGCGCAGCCAGGAACUCACAGCCGACGACAUGGCCAAGGUCUCUGGGAUGAUUUCCAAGGGCACAACCCUUACGACUGAAGCGGCCGCGGACUCUGGUGCUGCGCAGAGGAGGAGGGCGUACUAGGUCUACCUGUCGUCUCUCGGAUAGAUGGCAGUUUUGUUAGUAUCUCUUUUCAACCAUAGAGCUAGUUUAAUAUAUUAUUCAUUACUUCUAUGAUAUCUGCCGGUGGUGCGCAUACGACAGCAGCAGUAGUACUGAAGUAAGGGGUCCCUCAGCUACAAUAAUUUGAGUUGUAUCUGCCUAUCCCCCGUAGCCCCGAGUCGAAGA